UAAAACACAAUUCAAUUACAUUUAUUUAUAUAGCGCCAAUUCAUAACAGAAGUUAUCUCAUUGCACUCUUUAUGUAAGUGGGUUAUUUUUGUUGUGAUUUUGCAAGCUCGUAUUCCCAACAAGGUUCUUCUCAACACUUAACACAGUCUGGGCAUAUUAGUAACACCUUGCAUUAGAUUUCUCAUUUAUGCUUACCUUGCAUCACCUGUUUACUGAACAGUGUGCAGUUACAUCAUUGAGAUCAAAUGUUCAGCUGCAGUGCUGCUGUAGAUAAAAAAUUACCCAUAGGAACAGACCUGGCAUCAGAUUAACCUUUUACACCCAAAUAUGAGCCAUAAAUGAGAAAAAUUUUAAAAAAAAAGCAUCCACAGGCCAGCAGCUUGGGGAAACUAUAAGACUGAUGUCUUUAUAAUGCAACAACUGGGAACAUGCAAAUUAACUCAGACACCUUCUUGCCACACAAAAGGGCAAUUUAAAGGAUGGUACAGACAACAACACUACAUUCCUCAGGCAGGUUGUUCAAGCCCUGAAGGCAAAGACAGAGUCUCCUUCACACAUUAAUUAGAGAAUAUGAUAAGAAAGCCAUUCAUUUUUGCCCCUGCAGCAUGUAUAACUCUACUUCUACAUGGACACAAUGCAAACCCUAUCUAACUCAACCUAAACACGCCCCUGUGUACGUAUCCAAACCCUCCAAUCACUGAAGAUUUCUCAGCAACUCUAUUUUGCAUUACUGCCCAAUCACAGCUUGGGUUGGACACCACAUUGAGGAGAGAUAGCCAUUGUCCCUCAGACUGGCCCAAUCCAACAAUGGCAUCAGUCCCUGUGGAGUGUGUUCAUAAGCCCUCGGCCUCGGUGAUCUGGUGCUACAGUACAUUCAGGAAGGUUCGGCAGUAAGUGAAGAAGACUGGGACUACAUGACACUGUGAACUCUGUUAAGCAUCCCAGCCUGUCCUUCCAGCAUCAGCACUUCUUCCCCACAAUGUUCAACACCACUGAGAACCCCGCUACCAACCUCUACAUGAACUCUACCACCCCUGGUGGCCCCCGUGUACCUCUACCAUGGUACCAGUUCCCAGUAUGCAUCGUGGCCCCUUAUGGCUUCAUUUUCUACUUUGGGGUCAAGGUGUUUAACCUGGUAGCGGGGACACCCUGUAACAUCCUGGUCAUCUGGCAGAUCGCCACCAAGAAAAGAGAUGUGUCCACCUCUGACAUCUUCAUCUUCAACCUGACCAUCUUGGAUGCCUACUUCUGCCUAACGACGCCCAUAGACAUGGUCAACCGGCUGCUGCUGGAUGACAGUCGCAUUUGGUACUUUCAGAGGUUCGCAUAUGGGAUCAAGGACGUAGCACCACUCUUUCUGGUGUGUAUCUGCCUAGACCGCUACAUGGCUGUGGUCCACCCAAUACUGUUCUCUGGUAUCCGAGACAAUAAGAUCCGCAUUGGCAUUUCUGUAGUGGUCUGGGGCUUCAUCCUGGCUUAUGGCCUCACCAAGUGCAUCCUGGGAGUCAUGAGUGUCAACGAGGUCUUCAGUGGUGUCAUCCUCUUUGCCUUUGCAGUCAUGGUCUUCUGCAACAUCUCCAUCAUCUGGGUCCUUAGACGUUCUGUGGCGGGAAAGGAGGAGAUGCACCCGGUAAAGAAGAAGGCCUUCAAGAUGGUACUGAUCAUCCUGGCCAUCAUCGUGGUCAACUACCUGCCUCCCGUGGCUCUCAUGCCGUUCGUGUCGUACUACUCGUUUGUGGCGUUCCGCUGCCAGAUCAGCAUCAGUGUGUUCUCCAUCAUGGAUCUGAGCUGCAGCAUUGAGCCUCUCCUCUACAUCAUGAAGAUGGAUCGUAUGGACGGCAGGUGCUGUGGACUGAGUUUCUGUGGGAAGCCGCAUGAUGUCAAGGUGUGAUCGAGCCUCCAAUCAUAAACUAACAUCUUAAAUUUCUUCCUGUGGAUAUCACCAUGGAUAACUGGACAAAUGGGCCCUACAAAGCCAAAACGUAGUAACUACAUAUGUGGUCCAAAUUCAGUUAGACUGGCAUCUGAAUUUUUGGCAUCUGUUUUAUUCUAUGAAAAAAUAUAACAAAAAUAUAUCAUUAUAUAUAUUUUAUAAUAUAUAUAAUUUCUGUGAAAGCAGCAUGGUAAAUUUGCAGUAAGAACAAAUCAGAGCUAAAAAACCAAGCUAAACUGCACUCUGGCUGUGUAAUCUGUGGACUUUUGCUGCACUUUCCGUCACUGAGAAACAACCAACUAGACAGCCAGCAGCAAUAGAGGUCUAUGUAAAGUGAACGCUAGCUGGUGAGACAGCUAAAUCUUAGCCUUAGCUAAAGCUAAAACAAAAUGUACUUGCUAAUUUUUCCCUAAUAUUGAUUUUGAUGAACCUACAGCCUAGUAGCCUAAUAUAGUUUGUUAUUCCAAAUAAAACUGCAAUCUUAGCCUUUGCCAUCGUUAAGCUACUUUUAAAUUACAUAUUUAAACGUAUUAAAUUGUCAAUGAAUUUCUAUCAAUUUUAGAUAUAUACACACCAAAACACAGAUACAUUUAAUUCAUAUAACUAGAUUGUAAAUAAUCAAAAUAAAGUUUAUUUUCUAAAACAAACUAGUUAACUUGGACAAGAAAGCUGCAUUUUCCCAUCACAUUCCUUGUAAAUUAUCCAAAAGCAGAGUGCAGUAUCUGAGUAUUUUUUGGGUAAAUAGUCUGUUCGAUGACAAUGACAUUUAAGGCAAUCAGCGUAAAAAUUCAUAAAAUUAAGGUAUUAACCUUUCUAUGUGUGUCAAAGUUCCCCCGCCUUGUUUAACUUUUGUAGUUACUGCUCACUGCCUUCGUAGGGCAAAAAUGUCAAGAUAAUGAAAUGUAGCUACAAAAGGUGUUUAAGAGGACACAGAUUUCCAGUUAACAAACAUCAUCUGUGAACAUCAGGUUUUGG